AUGCCAACAGUAGAUGAUAAGAUUGUCGCAGAAGUCAAUGAAUUGGUCGAUUACCAUACUGGGUGGACCACUUGGCGGAAACAGCUCCGGAACAGGGAGAACUGCGAUGCCUGGCUUGCCCUCCUGCUCUACAUCUUGCCUAACCUGCGGCACAUCGAAUGGGUUUGGAAAGAAUGCAGGACCCGGUACGCAGCAAAAUUAGUCGACGAAGUGAUCUUGCGUCAGGACCAGUUCAUGGGAAGUGGCCCGUUGGGCAAACUGGAAAAAGUACUUCUCAAACCCACUUGCAGAAGAGCAGGUGGGAUUGGGUUGAAGACGAUCUUGCCAUUCGUCUACCUGCCGUCGCUGCGGGUGUUCUCGGCUAAGAUGGUCUACGAUUCUGAUCUGCUUCUUCCUGAGAUGAAGAAUGGCGCGUCGAACGUAACGCAUCUCGAGCUGUGGCAGAGUACCUCGCGAACGGGAUUCGAGCGCUUGAUAAGACUCUGCACCGGCCUGAGGUCGUUCAAAUUGUACUACGAUUCCGGUCCGUUCAUGUUCGAAAGGACGGCUACGGUAAUAGCCAACCUGGCAACGAGGACGGAGACUCUCGAGACACUGUGUCUGGACUCGGAUUCCUGCUCUAUGCUGCAUGGAUUUGAGAGGCAGCACCAGUGGGUUGGAUCGCUGCGAGAGUUUCGAAAAUUGAAGAAUCUUCAGCUGCAGAUGGUUCAUUUUUUUCACCACGAUCAACAGCUCCCUCCAAGGAAGUUGGUAGACCUUCUUCCUUCAUCGCUCGAGACUUUGUGCAUGUCUGGAUGGUGGCAUGAGAAGGAGACGAUCAUGUUGGCUGAAAUGAUGGAUCUGGUGCAUGCAAGAGAUGAAUUUCCUCAUUUGUCAGAGAUGACUAUCCAGGGGAGAUUCCUUACGAAGAGAUUGUCGUCUGGUGAAAUAAGGGAUGAUGCAUCAUGGCCAAAGCCCCUGCCGAUAAUUGACGGGAGGACCUUGGAAGACAGUAUCCUCGAGGUGACGGAGCCAUUGCGUUCUAGCUGCGACAAAAUAGGCGUCUCUUUUUCAAUAAAGGGUUAUGAGGUCGAGGCUAGGGCACAGACAUAA